CUCCGCGCCUCCCCUCCCCUCUCCUCCCCUCCUAGAGGACAGAGCGAUGCGGAGACAAUAGGACGCAUAGCCGGAGCAGUCUGCAGGAUGCUCGGCGUCUCACAGAGGCUUCUCACCGGACCCGGAGCCCAGGACCAGGCCUUUCUCCCGGCUCGAUCCCCCAAGUGUGCUCCCCAGCAGCCUGCACUGAUAGGGCGGACUCCACUGCCUCCAUAUGGGAGACAACUGAAGGUGACUCCAGCUGUUAGCUGUCCCACCUGAGCGUCUGCUCCCCAGUUCUGUCCCCUGGUCCGUCCCCUAUAGCAGUCCCUAGCAUGAGUUCCUCUCCGCUGGUGUCUCGAGCCAACAUGGACAUCCUGGACGAGCUGCAGCUGAUCGCAGCCCAGAACCUGGAGAGGCUGGAAGUCAACAAAUACUACGAGGUGAUCCGGGAGCUGGGCAAGGGCACGUACGGCAAGGUGGACCUGGUCAUCCACAAGAUCAGAGGUACAAAAAUGGCUCUGAAGUUCCUGAAGAAGAAGACUACCAAGCUGAAGUCGUUCCUGCGGGAGUACAGCAUCUCUCUGUACCUGUCCCCCUGCCCCUUCAUCAUCAACAUGUUCGGCAUCGCCUUCGAGACGGACGACUACUACGUGUUCGCCCAGGAGUACGCGCUGGCAGGGGACCUCUUCGAUAUCAUUCCCCCACAGAUUGGUCUUCCCGAGGCAGUGGCAAAGCGCUGUGUGCACCAAGUAGCCAUCGCUCUGGACUACCUGCACUGUAAGAAGCUGGUCCACAGGGACAUCAAGCCUGAAAACAUCCUCAUUUUUGACCGAGAGUGCCGCAAGGUCAAGCUGUCAGAUUUCGGCAUGACCCGCCGAGCUGGCUCACCUGUGAAACGAGUGAGUGGCACCAUCCCCUACACGGCCCCGGAGCUCUGCGACGUGUCCCGCCACGAGGGCUUCUGCGUGGACUACAGCACGGACGUCUGGGCCUUCGGGGUGCUGCUCUUCUGCAUGCUGACCGGAAACUUCCCAUGGGAGAAGGCGCUGCCCUCCGACUCCUUCUACCAGGAGUUCAUCCGCUGGCAGAGGAGGAGGACCAACACGGUCCCCUCCCAGUGGAGGCGCUUCACGGAGCAGGCCCUGCGCAUGUUCCGCCGCCUGCUCUCCGUGGAACAGGACCGCCGCUGCUCCGUCAAAGAGGUGUUCGGGUACUUCAGCCACUCCUGGAUGCUGGACGCGGAGAACAACAACAACGGGAACAGCAACAGCAACGGAAACAGCAACAGCAACGGCAACAGCAACACCAACUCCAACAGCAACAGCGCAAGUGGUGGAGAGAGGGUUGGCGCUGGUGGCGGGGAGAGAGGAGGUGCGCGGGGAGAGGGGAAUGCCACCAUCUCCUCAUCUUCUUCCGGGGAGGAAGACGAGGAGCUGCUUGUGGAGAGGAUGAAGCAGCAGACUUUAUCUCCUCUCUCCCCGCUCUCUCCUCUCUCUCCCACGUCUCCGGUGGCGGCGGAGAGGGGGAACGGCGGCGGGGCCAAGGGCGGGGGGAUGGAGCCAGGCGGAGGCCACCAUUUUGUGUCCGUCUCCACCAACAGCUCCGUAUCGUCCACCAACAGUUACGACCGAAUGCCGCGGGAAAACAGUUCCCCGGGAGGGCGCAUGCUGGUGGCCACGCCCAUAGAAAUCUGCGUCUGAGUGCGUCAGAACAUUGAUGUUGUCACUGAGUCACUGGUGCCAAUUUAUACCUCUCAUCCAACCACAUGCAUGGAAACAAACAGACAAUGUACUAACACGUAUCCUGAUCUAAACAUCUUGGGAAAGGCAGAGCACAUACAGAAGACUUUACAGAGAGUAUUUGUAGAAUGCAUACAUUCCUCAUGAGGUAGGCUUUUUGGACUCCAAAAGAAGCCCACUUUACUCUUUAAUGUCAGUGUGCAAAUGCAUUUUUUUUAAGCCCAGAGGAAAAUGAAAAAUUGCUCCCUUCAGCAUCCGAAAAGAAGACCAAAAUGUAUUUCUAAAAGCAAUACUUCCAGCAAAAAAAAGGCAAAUAGAGACCAUGUGGCAGACUGCUGUAGGAUCGCUUCUGAACGAAGCCAAGGUACGAAGGAUUUGUAUUUUUGAAGAAGACUAUAACAGAGUUCUAGGAAAUACAUGUAAGAUAAAAAAGGAGCGAGCAGUGGUUUUAAAUGUUUUAUGUGUCGGAAAAGUGUGAGUGAAUUUGUUGUGUGUAUUAUUGUGGAUUUAUUUUACAUUGAGAAUUUAAUUAUUUAUUUGAAUUUAAAUAGACUACUUUUUUCUAUUGUUUGGUUAUUUUUUUAUUGUUCAACUUCACGUUGUAUUCUGGCAUAGCUGUGCCAAAUCCAUUUGGUUGGCUGCUGUUCACAUUGGAAUAAUACGACUGUAUACGUUUUGACUAUUGUAAUUCAGUACGUCCACUAGCGGAAGCCUCUGAUGUCUUUGUUCUUCAAGUCAAACAUUUCUUCUUCAUUGUUGAAAGACUUUUUUUCUACUCCCUCCCAAAACUAUAUUUGUAAAGCUUCCGUUUCCUUUGAUUUUUUUUAUUCAGUUUGUAUUGUUUGUAUUUUCUUUGAAACUUUAAGCAAAAUUAAUUGCCUGAAAAAGGAAAGAGUUAGGAUGACUUAGCAUUUUCAAUUCAAUCUGAAGGAGGAGGAAAAAAAAUUACCUUUUUAUAAAUUGCAUGACGAGUAGCUCAAACGUACCUUUAUGAAGAAUUUGAAGCGGCUUUAUGAAAAUGUACUUGAAAGAUUUACAAAAAGAAACGUAAAAUGUUGUGAUGUGGAUUUUUUGCCGUAGCACAAUUUCUUGCAUAAUGUUCCUCGGGUGAAUAUUGCCGUCAUGAUCUCUUGAGACAUCCUAGGGCUAAAAAAUCUGAACAAUAAUAGUUUGGAUUCUGUGUGUUGUAUUUGUAUUGCUAUAAAUGCCGUGUACUCAUCUCACCAAAUCAAGGAACCGAAGAAAAAAAAAAAGCAUGAGGACAUAGAAUUUAAACAUAGAUCUAAAUUGCCACCUUUAGUCAGGUAGUGCAGCGUUGGUUUUCUACCAAGUUCAAAUCAACUGAAAAAAAGCAAUCCAUUCCUUUCAUUGACAAAAAAAAUGAAGAAAAAUAACAUUGGAUUAUGCAUAGGAAUGGGUGUUUUGUGUGUUGCUUUCCAGACAUAUAUUCUGCAUGAACUUGUAUGUGCUAAAGCUCUAUUGUGAAAACCUGCUCAGUGUUUCUCCUGUCACAAGCUGGUGUAGUAUAGCUGCAACAACAACAACAUGUUUAUUUAUCUGGUGAGUCAGUAGCCUCAGCUUGGAUCUGCCUGAACGAGGAUCAGCUAAACUCAGCUUAACGAAAUCGUUUGGAUCAUGUUCGUCGAAGCUGAUCAGAUAGCAUGAUGCAGAUGACUACAUCUUGUGACAAUCUCUGACCUCAUCGGCAGCCUUCUGACUCCGAACAAAGGACAGUCCUGAUACAGAAUCUGUAGCCGUGCUGUUCUUUAGUUCUCCAUCAGCCAGCUGCAAGCUGAACGAGCUCUUCAGCAUUUACUGUGUGGGCUCCAGCACAUCACAUGACUGUUUGAAGAAGAGAUUACAUGGGCCUGUACAUGACCUCACAUGUCAUUAUUGCCCCCCUAAAACACCCUUGAACUGCUCCUUAGCACUUCCCAGAUGUGUUUACACUGAAUCAUUCGUCCUAGCAAACUAUUUCAUUUUCCCAAAAAGUAAAGUGAGAAAUCCUGUAAAAAUGGCAGUGUCUGGGUUAAGGGUUGGCCGGAGAUGGCCUCUAGGUCUGUCACAGGCGCUAAUCAGAAUAUGUGUUUUUUUAAAUGAUAUGAAACAUACCCUACAUGCUGUAGUUUUAUCAUAAAAAUGCUGAGCCUCCAUUGCCCUAUUUAAAGUCAAGCUAACAUUUGACUGCUAGCAUUUGACUCUGUUGUAAUGCUAAAUGUUGGCAUUUGUAUGCUAACGUUGUUUGUAUUUUAAAAUGUAGUAUAAAAGGCAGUAUACUGGUGUCAAAUCCAAGAGCCUUCCACAUAUUACUAUGCAAAUGAGCUUGUGUACAGCUCUUUGUUUCCUUCAUUUUACGUUAGCAAACAACUGUGAAGUUCACUGAGGGAAACGGGGCAGGCGAAAUAUCAGAGUGACUGUAUUUAGCUUCUGUGCUAAUUCAGAGAAUUUUCAAUUCAGGCAAAUUAUUCCAAAUUGAAUAUACAUUUGUUUUUGUGUUCAAAUGGCAUUUCAAAUUUGUAAUUAAAAGUGACAGACCCAGGGACCAACAUGAAGACUAAAGCCUAGCCACCCCAUAGGCCAUCACUCUUUGUUUUUGUCUUCAGGACCUUUAAAGCUAAUAGCUAGCUUACGUUAGCUUACAUUCUCCUUUGUUGUGCAAGAUUAAAAGUGCUCUGUGGAGUUUUUGUGAUAAGUGUGUUCUGAAAUUGAAUUUACAAUGUUUAGGCCCACAAGACUGCUCAUUUUAGUCAAAUUUUGGUCAUCUUCAAACAUCUGAAAAGCCUAUUAAAUAUCAUCUCUAAUGGUGUACUGUAAGUUUGGUUUUUGAGUGUGUGAACAAAAAAAGAAUGAUCCAAAAUAGCGACUGUGGCACUGAGCCAUACAGGAAAAUCUGAAUAUGUGCCAAAUGUAUUUGGUUAUAGUAGGAAAACCGUUGCCUUCACUUGGUGCAAUACAGAUUUAUUUACUUCAAAUAUGUAUUUGACUUGGCCACAAUGUAAAGACUAAGACUAUAUAAAGAAACUGCAGGCUACAUUUGAUUAUAGUAAAAUGUUUGCAUAAUUUCACCCUAGUGGAUUUUUGCAUGAAGCAACAAUUAGACCACAAAUUGUUGGAAUGGAUAUUUUGGAAUAGCUACACAACUUACUAAUGUUAUGAUCAGCCCCAGUGUCCGCUGCAGUCACUCCAAACUCAAACCGUGGUCCUUUUCUUCACUGGGACGCCUGCAUCCGUGGCAGCUGCCUCGGCUCUUCAUCAUCUCGUCAUGUGUUGUAAUGGAGCUCCUGUGUCUUUCUGUUCCGAAGCUUAAUGUGUUGGUAGAGUUUUAGUCAGUAGAUGACCACAGCUCUAGGACUCGUAUCCGGUUCUGUCUUUGCAAUACAACUGUCUUCCUGUAAAAUGAGAUUUAGUCAAUAAAAUGAGAAUUGCUGUUGGA